GCCUCCUUCCUGGUGGCUGGAGGACUCAAGAGGAGGGAGAGGUAGGAAUACACUGGAGCAAAGGAGACACGGUGCAAGGACGAUUGAGGAGGGAGACAGGUACUCGUGAUUGAAGGGGCUCUCGGAGACAACAAGAGGAGACAGAAUACGCGAGCAACGAAGAAACAAGCGACGCGCGACAAUCUCUGGGCGCUGACAGCAGAAGCCUACGGCGAGAGUAGAAAUCCGAGGUUUCGAGGUCGAUUUAAGGAGGGCAAUUUUAGAGGGACAAGAGGGGCGUCAGACGGAAAAUCGAGGGCUAGAGAGUGGAGUCGGAGAAGUUGAGAAAUAGUGAAAUCAAAGGUGAUUUGGGGAGACGGUUUUUCGGUUUGGUGAGCAAGAAGCAGAACAGAGGAGAGAGUGAACGGGAUAGGAAUAGAAGAACAGAGCGGUUUUUUUUUUUUUUGGGUGAGGAAGAAGAAAGGAUAGUUUUCUGGGUUUUUGAGGAAGAUUAAGAGGUUAGGUUUCCGAAGAGGGACUUGAGUGAAGGAAGAGGAUUUGGCUGAAGGUUUUCGGUGUUGAGGAAAGAGGAUUAUAGAGCAAGUCGGAGCCGAGUAAGCUGGAGGGGAGUUUGUCUUAUUGACUUGGAUUAAUUGGCAAGAGAAUGGGUAAAUCACGUCAUGAGAAGCGAAAAGAAGCUCGAGUAGAGAGGAAUAAAAAGAAAUACGAUUCUUGGCUCGAGCAUCAGAAAUAUCAAAAAGCAAAGAGAACAUCCUGCGAUUUGAAAUUGAAAGACAUGAAAAACUUUGACUUCUGUAAAGGAGAAGUUAUUGAACUAGGUGAUAAACCUAUGGGAAACCAACUGAUAUCAGAGCAAAAUGCGUCAAUAAAGAACGUUAAGGAUAAACGGGAAUCUGUUACGAAGCAUGAUUCAUUUGCAAUGAAGACAACAAAGAAAAAGAAAGUUUUGAAGGGAAUGAGAACAAAGUUUGAAGAGUUUCUUGAAAUGGAUAAGCCAAAUGCUGGUUUAUCUGCUGAGGAGGAUUUGAAACUGGAGAAGAAGCUUGCGAAGAAACUCAAGGUGAAAGGUGGUAAACUAAGGGGAGAGGAGGAUGAGAUCAAUGUGUUGUUUGAAGGCAUUGCAUCUGCCCUUGAUUCUUCUACUGAGGAGCUCAACGCUUCUAGAAAGAAACAUAAGAAGAACAAGUCAUUGGAGCAAGAUCUGGAAGGUGAGCUCGUAAAUGACUUAAUAGUUGAUAUUUCUGAGCCAAAGGGAUCAGGUGGGCUUAGAGUCUCCUCAAAAGAAAUUCCUGUGGGGGAACCUUCUAAAAGUAGGUGCAAGAAGAGAAAGUUAUCUCUGAAAGGACACGUAAGCAAAAUGCCAAUUGACACGACUGCUAACUUAUCUUUACAUAUCGGAGUCUGUGGUGCAAAGGUGGAAGGGGAUGAAGUUCACAUUCCAGCUAAGGCCCCUCUGCUAGAGGAUAGCAUAAAAUAUCUUGCUCCGCACUUGAGGUCUCGUGCACAAAAUGAAUCGGAAGAUCUUACACAAAUACGAAGACGGGUUCGAGGUCUAUUGAAUAGGCUGUCUGAAUCUAAUGUGGAAUCAAUCGCGGGGGAGAUGUCCUCAAUCUUUCGUUCUGUUACUCGCAGUGUUGCUUCUCAGAUUUUUGGUGAGGAGAUUUUGGCAUCUUGUUCUGGUGGUCCACGUGGCAAUGAACAGUUAAGAGCUAACUUCUUUUUACAUUUAUGUUGUCUAACUUUUCUUUACUAA